UUUUCUAUUUUUCAACAAAUCUUAAUAUAAUCCAUUAGGAUAUCACAAAUAUAGUAUCUAUGUGAGGCUUCUGUUGAGGUAUCUUAUUGAGAGUGAUAGCUUUCGGAUCAUUUUUUAGAUUUCAAAUCAGGUAGGUUUCCCAAAUCAAAACAAAAAAAAGAAAUUGAAAGAUCGAAGUCUUUCCUUGAAAAGGAAUUAAGAAAUGGGAAGAGUGAAGCUCCAAAUCAAGAGGAUUGAGAAUACAACUAAUAGGCAAGUCACUUUCUCGAAAAGAAGAAAUGGGCUUAUCAAAAAAGCCUAUGAACUCUCUGUUCUAUGUGAUGUUGAUGUAGCUCUAAUCAUGUUUUCGCCAUCUGGUAGAGUCAGUCUCUUCUCCGGCAACAAAAGCAUCGAAGAGAUUCUGGCAAGAUAUGUAAACCUUCCUGAGAAUGAGCGAGGACGACUCCAUAAUCAAGAGUUUCUCCAAAGGGCACUUGGCAAGUUAAGAAGUGAAGGUGAUCAAACAUAUCAAACACCCAGCCCAAUGAGUACCGAUUCUCAGCUCGAGGAGAUUCAACAAGAAAUCCUUUGCUGUAAGUCACAAUUGGAAGAAAUGGAAAAUCGACUAAAGAUAUUUGAAGGUGAUCCCUCCGAAAUCACAACCUUGAGUGAUGCGGAAUACCGGGAGCAAAUCCUUGAGGAGACGCUGAGACGUGUUCGUAUGCGCAAGCAAGUUUUAGAGAAUUAUAAUUCCGGCGGAGCUCAGUUAACCAAUCAGGUACAUCUACUAACUCCAGAGACUGCAAACAUAGAGAAACUUGUUGCAGCGAGUUCGCACAACAUUCUAGACUGGCUUCCACAAAGAGAUCCACAAGUUCAAAUUCUGAAUUUUCUGGACGCAAAUGGGCUUCUUCCCCUGAGAGAUGAGCCGCAACGUGGGGUUGAAAUGCUACCUCCAGCAGCAACACUUGAUGGACAAAAUAUGAUCAACGUUGAUGAUCAAAUUAGACCGAGAAUUAAUUUGGAGGACGACAAUAAUAAUAAUCCACAACGUCCUGAUGAAUUGGCACAGAUUGUUGAUGUAAAUCUGCCACCCUGGGCUGAGUUCUUUUCCAGAACUAUUGAUACAAGGGAUGGUUCCGAAUUUCCAGUUGCACAACCUGAGCCUGAGGGACGAUCAGUAUUCCAUGAAUUCUACAUGUCUCAGUAUACGCCAUCAACCAUCUUGGCCCCCGAUCAUCGUCAACAUCAUACAUGAUCUUAUAUUUAUGGGAGACUUUAAUUUUAUGAUUCUAAUAGAAAGCCAUAUUAUUGCUGAGUAUGUGUGAAAUGGAUCAUGAAUUUUUUGACAGUUUAAAUUUAAGAACUAUAGCAGCAGAUUUCAGUUUA